GGCGCUGCGAGGGCUGUCUGGAGAACACGGGGAGGACCACCACCACCGCCACUACCACGGCCAGAGCCUCCCCCCCCGUGGCUGGGAGAGUGUUGAGAGUGAGGCAUGGCGGCGGAGGUGGUGCUUGGGCCCAGCGUCUCUACAGGAGCUCGGAAUGUGUCUGUGAGGCCUAAAGACAAGCUGCACGGGUCCCCUUCUACAGGCAGUGAUGAAGGCCAGGAGACAGGAUUCGCUGACGACUUCGACCCAUUCCAUGAUGAUCCUGACGAGCCAGACGAGGUUGAUAGCUCUCUCUCGGCGCCCCCUGAGGAGAGCUGGUACCAUGGACGACUGGAUCGGGCACAGAGUGAGGAGAGGCUUCGUCAAUUCGGGAAGCUAGGGAGUUACCUGGUGAGGGAGAGCGACAGGCGGCCGGGAUCUUACGUCUUGUCCUACCUGGGGCGGUCUGGUGUGUCGCAUUUCAAAAUCACAGCAGUGUGCGGAGACUUCUACAUAGGAGGCCGGCAGUUCAAUGCUCUGAGUGAUCUUGUUGGAUAUUACACUGGGGUAUCUGACCUACUUAAGAGGGAGAGGCUGGUGCACCCCGUUCCACCCCCAGAGCCUGUUAACGACCUGCGCAAAGUAGUGGCCAUUUUACCCUACACCAAGAUGGCCGACACGGAUGAACUUUCGUUCCAGAAAGGGGACAUCUUCUUCGUACACAAUGAACUGAGUGACGGGUGGCUCUGGGUGACAGCACAUCGCACAGGAGAGCAGGGAACCAUUUUUUCCGACCUCGUUGAGACCCUGGACGACGACAUUGACCCGAAUAUCGUGUUUUCGUGGUUCCAUCCGGAUAUUACGAAGAACGAUGCUAUUGACUUGUUGAUUAAAGCUGGACAAGGAAGUUUCUUGGUAAGGCCGAGCGACAAUUCCCCGGGAGAUUAUACGCUCUUUUUCCUCACCAACAAUAUAAUUCAACGCUUCAGGAUUGAGAAACGAGGAGUGAAGUACCUGAUGGGGGGGCGUACCUUCUCCUGCCUGGACGCAGUAAUUAACAGGUACAAGACUGAGCAGAUCCUGGAGGGCCACACGCUGGGCAGCCCCGUUUGCAAGGUGGUGUCAGGGGAGCGCCUGGGACUGCCCAUUGUGCCAGUUAAGGAAGUAGAACAACCAGAGAAGAUUUAUGCGACACUGAACGAGAUUAGAGAGAAGCUGGGUGUUACAAAAUUCAAGGGCAUACAGAAGCAGGGUUGGCUGUACAAGAAGAGCAAGAAGAACAAGAAGUGGAAAUGUCUCUAUUUUGUCCUCACUGAUAUACUCUACUACUACGACAACCCCAAGCGCACCAAACCCAGAGGUCUCAUAGACUUAAACUGCUCGUAUCUCUAUCAAGUACACGACAGCUUCUUCGAACGACCAAACUGUUUCCAGCUGGUAGAGAGAGAACUUCCUUGUCUCUCCACUGUCACCUACCUGUGCUCUGAAUCUCAGGAACUCACCAAUGACUGGAUGGCUGUUCUGCGCCCCCUGUGUGUGCCCCAAACGGCCGGCCAGCCCAAAUUACAGACACUCAAGUUUAUGAAGAGUUUGCACCUCACUAUCAUGCAGGCAACCAGACUACCCUCCAAGAUCGUUCCCAGCCCUUACUGCCUCGUUUCACUCAACCAGGUGAAAGUGUGCCGCACCCGACCAAAGCCUGGCCCAGACCCUGUUUGGGAUGAGGAAUUUAUGCUGGACGACAUCCCCUCAGACGUCAUCAUGUUCACUAUCACCGUGUACAACCAUGGCAAACGUAGCAAGGAUUCCGAGGUGGCAGAGGUGCGGCUGGAGCUGAACACACUGCAGAACGGGGAGGAGGUGGAGGAGUGGUACCCCCUAACUGGCAUUACACCUGUGGGGGACUGGGGGGCCAUCAGAUUGAGAUACAGGUACUUCCACGACCUUAUCAUGCCAUGCGAGGAAUACAGCAGCCUUAAGGAACUCCUGCUGGACCCGAGUUUAGAGGCAGUACAAGCGCUGGCCGACGUCUCCCACCGCGAUCGUAACCCCUUGGCCACCUCACUCCUUAGAAUCUUCAGGAACGAGUGCCGGGAACACGAUCUGCUGCAGCGUCUGACGGAACACGAGAUAGAGAGGGAACACGAGACCAGCACCUUGUUUAGGGCCGCCUCGCUCACCACGACCUUGCUGGACUUGUAUAUGAAGGCUACGUGCACUUCCUUCCUUACUGAGGCUAUUAGCGACACUAUUCACCGGAUUCUGGAGACCAAGCAGUCGUGUGAGCUGAACCCGAACAAGAUGGAGAACCCUCUGGACGCCUGUGCCAAUGCUGAGUUUCUGCUAAGAGUGUUGGAUGACAUUACACAAAGCAUCUUUAUCUCCGCCUCUGCCUGCCCCAUGCCACUACGGUACAUCUGUGGGUGUCUACAGAGGAAGGUGGCAGAGAAAUGGCCGCAGGACAGACUGGUGCGCACGAGGGUGGUCAGCGGCUUCAUAUUUCUGCGCCUCAUCUGCCCAG